AUGACCCCUCCAGGCUACCUCCUCGUGUUCCUGCUUCUGCUCCAAGUGGCUACAAGUCAGACGCCAGCAGGUUCCUGCUCCGGAUGUGGGCCUCUGUCCCUGCCGCUCCUGGCAGGCCUGGUGGCUGCAGAUGCGGUCUUGUCCCUCCUGAUCGUGGGGGUGGUGUUUGUAUGUAUGCGCCAACACAACAGGCCUGCCCACGACGACGACGGCAGAGUCUACAUCAACAUGCCUGGCAGAGGCUGA